AUGCAGUUGGUCCAUGUGGGCAAAGAGGCUGAUGUGGUGCCCAUCACACAAAUCCCAGACCAAGGAGCACCAGGAGGCCCUGCAGCACUGACAAGCGGCCCUCCAGAACUCAUAGACACCCUCAGUCCUACAGCUUCAGGGAUGGGCACCAGUCCCCCUGCCUCCCUGUCUUCCUCUCCUUCAUCUUUCAGUGUCAAAGAAACAGGGAAAAGCCCUGCACCAACUCCAGUGCAAGCUGAGGUCACUACCCCAGAGAAGCCAGACACCCAGACACAAACAGAAUCUGGCUCAGCUGCCCGGCCCACUCCCGCUGUAAGCAUCAUCCCAACUGUUGCUGGAGGAGACACACGUACAUCCUUGGCAUCCACAGAAGGGAAAACUGGGCCCAUAACAAUGUCUAUUUCCUUUGUGGAGAGUACGGAUAAACCCUGGGCAACUCCCAGAGAGCAAACACAUUCAACGGGACCCCCAACUCUUCUAUGGCCAGAGACAAUUUCCACUGUUGCCCCUCAUGAUGUAAUACAGGAAGCCAACCACUCCACAUCCGCUAAGACAGGAGCCCCAGCAAGCCAAACUGCACCGUCUGCCACUGAUCCCACUGAGACCUCACAGCCUGAGGGGGUGACCAGUUCAAUUGGACCAGUGCCUGCAGAUGCAGCUUUUCCUCCUAGUGCCAGUCCAGGAGACAUCCUAGAUUUCAUCACUCAUGACAACAGGCAGCCGGGUAGUCGUUUGGCCUCCGUAACCACCCCUGUGUUUGAGACGAGUGUGGGGGGCAGUGCUGCAGAAUCAGCUGUUAGCACAACUUUCCCUGCUGAGACUUCAGCUGAUGUCCAGACAAGCCAUACUAGAGAGUCCAGCACAGGUCCAGAUGGCUAUGCCACUCUGCACCACACCCUCAUAACCGUAGGGUCCAGGCUUGUAGCAGAAACAGUCUUGUCCCCUGUGACAACAAUGGUACCUUAUGAUACCUUUACCAGCAGUAGCUCUGUAACUCCUACAGGAGAAAGGACAGACAGCAGCACGUCCUCUACCACAUCUGAAGCCACAUCUCUUACCAUGACUUGGAUGGGCAGCACCUCUGCUUGGCCAAAUAUUCUCACUUCAUCACCCCUCACAGCCUCAUCUGGUAUUAUUCACAUGCCUGAGGAUACCAGCCCAGCUGCCCCUACCACAGAAGGUACAAGUCCCAUCCAAAGCAGCAAGGUCAUAGACAUUGUCCCUCAUCUUGGGCCCACUCAUAGCCAUGAUCUCCCAAAGACAGUGGCAGAGAGCAGCACUGGUGGCCUACCAACUACUUCCUCAUCACCUCAAUCUCCCGUGUCCUCAGCCACCACUACUGGAGGACCAGUACUGUUGGCUACUUCUACUGGCUCAAUUCCAAGGGAGAUGAUGACUCAUGAUAUCCCAUCUGAAGACUUAGAGGUGACAGCAGAUCUUUCCUUGACCACCUUGGACAUGGUGGCCACAGCUAGCACUGUCACAGCCACAGUGGCAGAAGACACGUCUUCAGUUCCUCCAAGGUCCAACACAGAAACUCGAGUGAGCUCAGACCUACCUCCUAGUACCAGCAGCUCUAAGGCUGUCCCUGAACAAAGCACAUUCGUCUCCCAGCCCUCCACCACAGCUCAAUCCAUGAAUCUUACCACCACUGGGGCAGAUAUCACCACUACAUGGCCACAGACUCCUUCUCCUUCAACUCCAGUGGCCUUGUCUGUGGUAACUCACAUGGCGGAGGACAUGAGCUCAGCUACCGUUACCACUGAUAAAACAAAUCUGUCCUUCAACAGCAAGGUCACAGGCAUGGCUUCUCUCUCUCCUGUGACCACACUCAGUCCUGAGCUCCCAAGUACAGUGGCAGAGAGCAGCACAGAUGUCCCACUGACCCCUACUUCUCCUAAAGCUCUUAUAUUCUCAGACAUUACUCCUGUAAGAACAAGCCAAUUGAGCACCUCUGCUGACUCAACUCCCUUGGGGCCCACAACUCAUGGUGUCCCAUCUACAGACUCAGAAAUGAGCUCCAAUCUCCCUCUGACCACCUUAGCCAUGGUAGCCACAGCUAGCACUGACAUAGCCAUGGUGAUGGGAGAGGUAUCAUCAGCUCCUUCAGGACCCAGGCCAGAAGCUCAAGCACACACAGUCCUGCCUCCUGGCACCAGUUUGGGAGAGAUCUCAACAAGUUCUGAGCCCAAGAUUCCCAGAGAGACAAGCCCUGCCACCCACCAGCCAGUCGUGACCACAGUGACCCCCACUAAUUUUGGACAAGGAUCAAGUCUAGCUGCUGUGACACUGGCUGAGCCAUCUGAAACUCAAAGAGCAUUGGUUAAUGAAGUUCCACAGGGAAGUGACACCGAAUCCCCAUGGUCUCCUAUUGAAUUUGAGACUGCUGGAACAAGGACCGUGACAGCUUCCACUCUGGCCUCUGGACUGGGAAACAUCCAGGUUUCCAUGGGCACUGUGUCACGCUCAGAGGCCAACAGGACGUCUUCCACCCUGUCAUCUUUCUUGGAAAACCCUAGGACACAAGCUGCUAGUCCUGAGAGAGUAACAAGCACUUCUCUGGUACUGUCCACUUUGUCAACUGAGAAAUCACUGGGAGCAGAUACUGCUUCACCAGCCUCUGUUUCCACAAUGCUUUCUGAAGUCACUGCACCAAGGGCAAAUGCUCAAGGGUCUGAAAGUCAGAGCACAGCUACCCUGGAAGUCAGCACAGCUCCAGCAGUAGAGACCAGUCCUGCUGUGACCUUGAUCCCUCCACGGUCAAAGGCCACAGCUUCGAUCAGCAUAGGUAUGGAGACUACGUCAAGUUCAGCUGCCUCAUCACCAAUAAAAACAAGUUCUCCAAGUCUAGUUGACAUCACCUUAGGUGAACUUUUCCUGGAGCCCUCCACAAAAGCAGCAACCGCUAGCCCUGUCCAUGAAUCUCUGAGCCUGAGCACACAUAUCUCUCCUACUGUUACCACUUCUGCAGCCUUGAAAAGCUCCAGUCCCCCUGAGACUGCUCCCUCUUGGGAGGGAUCAGAGACUGUCACCUCAACUGUAGGAUCAAUAGAAACAUCAACUUUAGCUGUUACUCUGUCUCCAGCAAGGAUACAGGCAGCCUGGACAUCAUCACCUCCCACCCCAGCAUCCCCAGCCUUAGCGGGCAGCAGUGCCAGGGCAGAGACAGCCUCUGUUUCUGCCCCUGUACGUACCAGCUCCACCCUGUUCACAAAUGGUUUGGGGCCUGUCACUCAUAUUCCUGACCAUGGAGUGCCAGGAGGCACUGCAACCCUGACAAGUGAACCUCUGGCACCUGUGUCUGCUGUUGGCACCCCAGGUAGUGAGGUUGGUGUAGUGCCUGUCACACAUAGCCCAGACAAUGGAGCACCAGGAGGCAUGGCAGUACUGACCAGUGGCCCCCUGACACCUGACCCCACUGUCGGUCCUAUGGCUUUGAGACAAG